UUGUGAAUUAACAUCGCGCUCGUUUCUGGGGGGCGUUAUCGCCGCGAGCGGAAAAGUACCAACUCGUGAAGUCAAGUUGCAAUUAGGGCGUGAACACAGCUCACCUUAAACAUCACUCGUGCCUCCGUCUCUGUGUGUGUAUGUGAGUGUGCGUUUGUCUGGUGUCCUUCCGUGAGGGUGCCUGGCUACUGUGCAGCAGUAACAGAAACGCUGCUGGUGGAGGAAGGAACACCAUUUAGAGCACCACAGUUCUUUUUGGAACAGUUCCACAGGAGUUCCGGCAGUGCGACAGCCAUGGAGGUGACGGGGGAGCCGCUGCGGCACCCACUGGCGCACAAGUUCUGCGCCGCCCUGGAGCACAGCCGGAAGGACCGCUACGUGGUGACGCAGCCUGCCGGUAUGACCAUGCCCAGCGGCUUCCUCGCAGACGCCGGCCGCAUCCUCGACUUCCCCGUCAGGCCGGACGACGUCUGGGUGGUCAGCUUUCCCAAGUCAGGCACGACCUGGACGCAGGAGAUGGUGUGGCUGCUGAUGAACGACCGCGACUUCAGGACAGCCAGGCAGGUCUGCCUUCCGGAGAGGUUCCCGUUCCUCGAGUAUUCAGCUCUGGUGCCGGAGGAAGGCAAGGCCCGCAUCGCGGACACCAUAGAGCUGGCCCAGAGGAUGACGUCACCGCGACUCAUUAAGAGCCACCUGCCUCCAGCGCUCCUGCCGAAGCAGCUUUGGACCGUCAAGCCGAAGAUCAUAUACGUCGCCCGGAAUCCAAAAGAUGCUGCCACCUCCUUUUAUUACCACAUUCGGCUGAUGUACGACCUGAAACUCCCGCUGGAAGAAUAUUACGAAGCGUUUCUUGCCAAUGUUGUUUACUACACACCUUAUUGGACCAAUGUCCUCGAGUUCUGGAAAAUGCGGCAUGAGCCAAAUAUCUUGUGGAUUACUUACGAAGAAAUGAAAAAGGAUCUUCGUGCAGUGAUACAGAAGACGGCAACCUUUCUGGGCCGGAUCGUAACGGACGAGGAAGUGGAACCACUGGAGGAGCACCUGAGCUUCAGCAGCAUGCGCCAGAACCCGGCCACCAACUACGACGGCCUGGUGCAGAGGCUGCGCUCCACCACAGGCCUGCCGCCGGUGUCCCAGGACCUGGCCUUCAUGCGCGAGGGCGAGGUUGGCGCCUCCAGACAGCGUAUGUCCCCGGAGAUGGACCGCCGCUUUGACCAGUGGAUACAGGACAAUAUACAGGGCACAGGAUAUGAUGGUCCCGUCUGACCCCCAUAACCAGUGGAUAUAGGACAACAUAUGGGGCACUGGAUGCCAAGAUCCUAUCCAGGAUGCGUCUCCAUAGCCAGUGGAUUGAGGACAAUAUUUGGGGUACCACAUGCAAACCAAUGCUUUGCACUGCUACUACUAAUAUGCAAGAGUAUAAACUGUGUUUAAAGGCAAAUAGUGUACCAGAUUUGUACUUCAAGAAUGUACAGUAUGUGUGUUUGUGUUGAGGACUUUCUGUAGAAAAUUGGACAUCAUUUGUAAAUUCAUUUGUAACUAUCAUGUUAUAAGAACUGAAUUAAACCCUUUAAAA